AUGGUCGCGCCGUCGUUAAGGGGAGGAGGCUGCCGCCUCCCUCUCCCUCCUUCGGUCUCCUUCUCUUCCCAUAACCUCCUCCGUCAGAGACGUCGUCCAACAGCUGCGCCUCCGCCUCCAACAACGCUGUUGUCGUCUCCAGCGGUUGCCGGUACCUCCCGCUGCCAUAGCCACCCCCAGCGCCUAUGGGGUACCGCCGCUAGCAGCCACCGCUGCCUCCUUUCGCGGUCACAGCUCAGCGUCCAGCGGUCUUUGCCGCCGCCGAGUCCGGCGGCCACUGUCGUCGUGUAUAGCGACCACCAUAGCCUCUUCCGGCGUCCAAUGCCGCCUCCUCUUCCGACGUCCAGCGCCGCCUCCCUUUCCGGCGUCCAGCGCCACCUCCCUUUCCGACAUCUAGCGCCGCCUCCUCUCUCGGCAUCCAGCGCCGCCUCCUCUUCUGGCGUCCAGCGCCGCCUCCUCUUCAAGCGUCCAGCGUCGCCGCCUCCGGCGACUACUGUCGCCACCGCCUUAGGCAGCUACUGUCUCCAGCGCCCAUAG